AUGUGUGGAAAGGAGGAAACUUGUGUUGGAUUAUAUGCAUGUAAUGUAAAUGAAAAAGAGGGAACAUUGAAUGAAUUUGUGAAAGAAGCUGCUAUGGCUUUGAAUUCAAAGCCCCAGCCUGAAGAUAGCGAGGCAAAAGAUCGAGUAGAGACCAUGUGGGAGCAGAUGAAUAAGGGAAUACCUAAGAAUGCUCUCAGACAAUUUUCAAGCAGUAAAACUUCAGCCCCGAAUAAAACUUCAGCCAAAGCUUCCAAUGCAAGACUGACAGAUAGAGGCGAAGGCUUCAAAUGCUGUGGAGAAUGGAACCAACCAGAAGGCUCAGUUAGGGCGUUAGAUAAAGGAAUAUCUAUUGCUACUCUCAAAUCAGUUUUAAACGAGCAUAAUUCAACUUUGGAUACUACAUUUUCUCAGAAGAUUUCCAAUUCAGUAAUUGGCUAUAAUUGA